GCCAUUUACGGCGGCAGGUCAGCGCGUAGAGCGGCUACUUGCGGUGUAUGCGGCAACAGGGAAGCUAUUCCGAGAGGAGAAUACUCACAGCAUUGCUUUCGGGUAUUGCACGGUCCUUGUGGUCUAUCCUGGCCGGCACCGCUCUGCCUGGCACCGUAGUCGUACAACACGGUUUGAGCGAUGAACGUGCCGCCGAUGGGGCCCGCGAUGGCUCGCACGGAGCUCUCCAGCUUGCCCAUUGCCCCGUCCAACCGUGAUCGCCUCCUGAGGGCCGGGUUUCGCACCCUAAGAGACGUGGAAGGCGUUCAGCCCUUGGACCUUUCACGAGAGCUCAAGGUUUCUUCGCAAGAGGCGUUGGCUAUCCUCAGAGAUAUCGCCGCCGCCACAGGGGCUUCCGCGGCGGGUGGCGGCGACGACGGGGGUAUGGGAUCAGCGGCGGCGGCGGCGGGAGGCGUGCUUGGAGGCGGCGUCGCGGGUUUGGUACAGAACGGCUCCAGUAUCAUGUUGACGUAUGCCGCCUGGAGACCCAACGUCUUGGCUUGUGGAGUUCUCUGGCUGUCGACCCUGGCUACAAUUUAA